CCAGCGCCAGCGCCAGCACCAGCAUCAGCACCAGCAUCAGCACCAGCCCCAGCACCAGCCCCACCCUCAGGAGAACCAAAUAAAGAGAAGGAGGCCGGAACUGCACCAGCAAAAGAUGAAGAGGAAACCUUCCCGCCUAGUGCCCUGCCUCCAGGUUUGGGUAGUCGGGCCCUGGAAAGAAAAGAUUCAGAAUGGUCUCUUGGUGACUCACCUGCUGGGGAAGAUCAAGAUAAACAGAAUGCCAAUUCUCAGCUGUCCACCCUGUUAGUGGAAAAGCCUCAGUCAGGAGCAGUGAAAGUUGGUGAAAAUAUAACCUUUAUAGCCAAAGUCAAGGCUGAAGAUCUUCUUAGAAAGCCCACUAUCAAAUGGUUCAAAGGGAAAUGGAUGGACCUGGCCAGCAAAGCUGGAAAGCACCUCCAGCUGAAGGAAACCUUUGAAAGGCAUAGUCGGGUGUACACUUUUGAGAUGCAGAUCAUCAAAGCCAAAGAAAACUUUGCAGGAAACUACAGAUGUGAGGUCACCUAUAAGGAUAAGUUUGACAGCUGUUCAUUUGAUCUUGAAGUACAUGAAUCUACCGGAACUACUCCAAACAUUGACAUCAGAUCUGCUUUCAAGAGAAGUGGAGAAGGUCAAGAGGAUGCAGGGGAACUUGACUUUAGUGGUCUCCUGAAACGUAGGGAGGUGAAGCAGCAGGAGGAAACACCCGAGGUAGACGUGUGGGAGCUGCUGAAGAAUGCGAAACCCAGCGAGUACGAGAAGAUCGCCUUUCAGUAUGGCAUCACCGACCUGCGCGGGAUGCUCAAGCGGCUCAAGCGCAUGCGCAGAGUGGAGAAGAAGAGCGCAGCUUUUGCAAGAAUUCUUGAUCCUGCAUAUCAGGUUGAUAAAGGAGGCAGAGUAAGAUUUGUUGUAGAACUGGCAGACCCAAAGUUGGAGGUGAAAUGGUAUAAAAAUGGUCAAGAAAUUCGACCCAGUACAAAAUACAUCUUUGAGCAUAAAGGAUGCGAAAGAAUCAUGUUUAUCAAUAACUGUUUGCUGACAGAUGAUGCAGAGUAUUAUGUGACAGCUGGUGAUGAGAAAUGUUCCACUGAGCUCUUUGUGAGAGAGCCUCCAGUUAUGGUGACCAAACAGCUGGAAGACACGAAAGCUUACUGUGGGGAGAGAGUGGAAUUAGAAUGUGAGGUUUCUGAAGAUGAUGCCAAUGUAAAAUGGUUUAAGAAUGGUGAGGAGAUCAUCCCUGGUCCAAAAUCAAGAUACCGAAUUAAAGUUGACGGCAAAAAACACAUUUUGAUCAUAGAAGGAGCAACAAAGGCUGAUACUGCAGAAUAUUCUGUAAUGACCACAGGAGGACAAUCAUCUGCUAAGCUUAGCGUUGACUUGAAACCUCUGAAGGUAUUGACACCUCUGACUGAUCAGACUGUAAAACUUGGAAAUGAAAUCUGCUUGAAGUGUGAAAUUUCUGAAAACAUAACAGGAAAAUGGACUAAAAAUGGCCUACCCAUUCAGGAGAGUGACCGUCUAAAGGUUGUUCACAAAGGAAGAAUCCACAAGUUAGUGAUAGCCAAUGCUCUCGUUGAGGAUGAAGGUGAUUAUGUAUUUACACCAGAUUCCUACUCUAUUACUUUGCCUGCCAAAGUUCAUGUUGUUGAUCCUCCUAGGAUCAUCCUGGACGGUCUUGAUGCUGACAAUACAGUGACAGUAAUUGCAGGAAACAAGCUUCGUCUUGAGAUUCCUAUCUCUGGAGAACCACCUCCUAAAGCGCUUUGGAGCCGAGCAGAUAAGGCUAUUAUGGAGGGCAGCGGCCGGAUAAGAGCAGAAUCUUACCCUGACAGCAGCACUCUAGUUAUUGAUGUAGCAGAAAAAGAAGACUCUGGUGUUUACCACAUAAACCUGAAAAAUGAAGCUGGAGAAGCACAUGCGAGCAUCAGGAUUAAAGUUGUAGAUAUCCCUGAUCCUCCAGUGGCACCGACUGUGACAGAGGUGGGAGAUGAUUGGUGCAUCAUGAACUGGGAGCCUCCUGCCUACGAUGGAGGGUCCCCAAUCUUAGGGUACUUUAUUGAGAGGAAAAAGAAACAAAGCUCCAGGUGGAUGAGGCUGAAUUUUGAUCUCAUCAAAGAAACAACUUUUGAACCCAAGAAGAUGAUCGAAGGUGUGGCUUAUGAGGUCCGCAUCUUUGCAGUCAACGCCGUUGGCAUCUCCAAGCCCAGUACGCCCUCCAGGCCUUUUGUUCCUUUGGCUGUAACCAGCCCUCCAACUCUCCUGGCUGUCGACUCCGUAACUGACAACAGCGUCACCAUGAAGUGGCGGCCCCCUGACCAGAUUGGUGCCGCAGGUUUAGAUGGCUAUGUGCUAGAGUAUUGCUUUGAAGGAUCUGACAACUGGCUAGCUGCAAACAAAGACCUGAUCGACAAGACCAAGUUCACCAUCACAGAUCUGCCGACAGAUGCGAGGAUCUUUGUGCGUGUGAAGGCCGUGAACAAAGCCGGUGCCAGCGAGCCCAAGUACUAUUCUCAGCCCAUUCUCGUGAAGCAAAUCAUAGAGCCUCCAAAGAUUCGCAUCCCAAGGCACCUGAAGCAAACUUAUAUCCGCAGAGUUGGAGAAGCUGUCAAUCUGGUUAUACCUUUCCAGGGAAAACCAAAACCAGAAUUAACUUGGAAGAAGGAUGGUGCAGAAAUUGAUAAGAAUCAAGUAAAUAUUCGCAACUCUGAGACUGAUACCAUCAUAUUUAUCAGAAAAGCAGAGAGGAGUCACUCUGGGAAAUACGAUCUGCAAGUCAAAGUAGAAAAAUUUGUGGAAAGAGCAACAAUUGAUAUCCAGAUCAUUGACCGUCCGGGUCCACCCCAAGUUGUGAAGAUUGAAGAUGUCUGGGGAGAGAAUGUUGCUCUAUCAUGGACACCACCAAAGGAUGAUGGAAAUGCUGCCAUUACAGGGUACACGAUCCAGAAGGCUGACAAGAAGAGCAUGGAAUGGUUCACUGUCAUUGAGCAUUAUCACCGAACCAGUGCCACCAUUUCUGAACUGGUUAUAGGAAAUGAAUACUACUUCCGGGUCUUUGCUGAAAACAUGUGCGGCCUCAGUGAGGAUGCAACGAUGACUAAAGAGAGCGCCGUGAUUGCCAAGGAUGGUAAGAUCUACAAGAAUCCAGUGUAUGAAGACUUUGAUUUCACAGAGGCGCCCAUGUUCACCCAGCCUUUGGUUAACACCUACGCUGUAGCUGGUUACAAUGCCACCCUGAACUGCAGUGUGAGAGGAAAUCCUAAGCCCAAAAUAACCUGGAUGAAAAACAAAGUUACUAUUGUGGAUGACCCAAGAUACAGGAUGUUCAGCAACCAAGGGGUCUGUACUCUGGAGAUUCGAAAGCCCAGCCCCUAUGAUGGAGGCACUUACAGCUGCAAAGCAGUCAACGACCUCGGGACAGUGGAGAUCGAAUGUAAACUGGAGGUGAAAGGUGGCCUUUCCUUCUGCAGGCUCCUCUUGCAAGGCGUGCCUCCUAACAUAAUUGAUUCAUAUUUGCGAGACUUGCAAUCAAGCAAUCCUGAGGAAUAUUGAGGGCUUGGGCACUGCCUCUCCGCACUUCACUGCUUUGAAAUCUGGUUGCAAUGAGAAAGUAUUUUCUGUUUUUCCACCAGGCACUCAAGUGUGGUCAUUUUCUUUCCUCCUAAUGUUGAAGAAAAAAAAAAAAACGGUUUGCACGGAUUGCUUAAUUAAAAAUUGCAAACAAAAUCUCAUUUGAAGUCAGCAUUUUGGUCUUCAUUGUCUAUGCUUGGGCACUGUACUUUACAAAAAUGCAAACUAUAGAAUAAGCAAACCAAUUGUUUUAGUUUAAAAUAGUAGGCUGUAAAUGCUUUUUUUCUUUCCAGAGUAAAACGUAUAGUACAACACACCACUUGAAAACACACCUUUCUCUUGAUCUAAUAGAUUUUUCUAAGCACGGCAGAGUUGUUUAUUUCACACAGCCCUGCUCAACACCAGUGGCUCUGUGCCCUUUUUCCCAUUUGAAUUCACUAAAAGACUUCUUAAAGUCUUUCAGACAAGUUUUCCCAACAGAAGAGAAAAUGUAUUCAAUAAAUGGCACAAUAAAUCUGAAGUGUUUAUGAUGAAAUGA